ACCUUCAUAGACAAGAAAGCUGAUCAAGGGAAAUUUUUUAUUGAAUACCAACUUCUCACGAUGGCUGCAAUAACUUUGAAAGAAUACAGUGAGAAAAUCCAGCACGUUGCUCUACAAAAGUGUUUAUUAAAUUUGAUGUGUCGCAUGAAGCCAAUGAGUGCUGAGCGGCAGGCUCUGAUCUCGGCUAUGGCUGUGACUUUAGCUAGUGGCCAAGCAACCUGGGAUCCUUAUUAUGUCACUGCUUUUCUCCAUGAUUCACUUGGGGAUCGAAAUUGGGUAAAUAAGCCAAACACUUCGUUUAUCUCAACGCAAAUUAUCAAGUCGUUAGGGACCAUUUACCCUACAAAGGAUAUGUUCACUUCUUGUAAUCUGGAAAUUGAUGUUGAUUUUAUCCCAGAUGGCCUAGCCAUUGCGUCUGAUCGAUACCCAUCUCCUCAAGCAAAGGAGGAAAUCGCUACAAUAGCUCUCAACGCACUAGCUCCUUGGUGGGAGCUGCGUGCUGACAUGACACCGAUGCUUUUCUUACGUGCUUUAGCACCUCUUAUGGCACUUCCGGAUGUUAGAUUCAAUGUGGUGAAGAGGAUUGAUGGGUGGCUACAACAUGUCAAACUUCAACGUCUGGCCAUGCAGCUUUUGAUCCUUGUUGGUUUAAACUAUGGAAAUGCAUCUGACUCAGCACAGGAGAAAUCAAUUCUUGCUCGACUGCUUCAGAUGAGGAUGUUGAAAAAUAAAAAUGUAAGGCUUGCUAAUUUUUUUUGCUCAUAG